AUGCGCGGAAACUGGCAACGUUUCCAGCAGCAUUAUGGUGAGAAUAGACCUUUUGUACAUCAACAAAACUCUCAUCAGCGUCUUAAUGAGCAAUUAAGACCAACGUCAGCUUCGAUACAAGUCCAGAAAGACGUUGUCGCUUUUAUUGAAGCUUUUCGAGCCAAUCAGUCAAGUCCAUCAGCUCCACCUAAUGCCUUGACACUUGAUAUUGUGGUGCGCGCCACCUGCAAUCAUUUUCAUGUUAAUGCGUUUGAAGAGCUUAUGGGUUUCAGUGCAUUGCAGCUGCCAGCAUUAAAGCAAUUGCACACUGUAAAUCAACGCGUAUGGACAUUUGUUACAUGUUAUUUACAUAGUCGACGCAUCAAUACACUAUAUGAAUGUCAUCAAGCAUUUCUACAGCAUGAAGGACUGCAGUCUUUCCAUGAACUUAAGCUGGGAAACUCAUUUCUGCAUACGGAAGCCGUGCAACAACUCUAUCAUUCACCUAGUGUCAUGUUUACUAUCACAACUGGAGAUGUCGUGACGUGUUUACGGCAAUUUGAAAAUCUACUAGGUCAAGAUGUGUUUCGAGCAUCUUCACACGUGGAUUUGCACGAAUUUUUGCACUAUUUAGCGCAGCACUACCGACAACCGAGUUCUCAAACCAUGGGCGUAUUUAUUGAUCCGUAUGGAUUUGGUGCUUAUGUGGGCUUGUUGCGUCGUGUGGCCAAUCAUGAGAUGAAAGAACUUAAGACCGUGGAACAGCAAUUUCAGCGUGAAGUUGCAGAGAAAAUGUUUCGCUUGACAAAAGAAAAGUUUAGUGAUGAAAAUCGAAAGCAAGCAUUAAAUGAGCUGUUGCAACGAGUUAAUUCACGAACCGAGACGGAGAGAAGCAUCAUACAGACCAAUGGAAAUAUGAAAAGCAGCUUGCAAUCGCUAUCAUUGGAUCUGCUUCAGCGCGUCACUGAUGUAGACGUGUAUUUGGAUAACGUUUUGCGGCGAAAAGCUGCUGCAAAUGCAAAGACACCGCAGCAAUAUUCUAAACCAAUUUCUUCGCAAGCAAUUGCUGAAACGGACUCGAAGCUUCGCAAUCAGUUGACACGAUUUCUAGUCUCGUCGCAGAAAAGCAGACAUCAUUCUAGGCUCAAAGUCGUGACGUGGGUGAUUUGCAGUAUCAUUGCUAAAACGUGCGCUCUGCUCUCUAGUGAUGACAAACUACCUGCUGAUGACGAAGAAAGUCUUAAAAAAGUAAUGGAUGAAAGCGACAAAGAAGAAUGCAAUUGUUGCUGUGUGAAUGAGAGUUUGUGUACUUGUUCGUGCACUUGUAAGUGUCAUGUCGAAUCAAGUGAUGAGGAAGAUGAGGUAGAAAGUGACAAUGUAACAAAAGGAGAGAAGGGCGUGACAGUAUCAAGUGAAGUGUUCCCAGUCUCGCCCGCGGAUCCAUUUGCCACGAGGCAUGCAAAGCUUAACCAAUCUGCAAUUGUAACACUUGAAGACGUGAAGGCUGAAAUCACAAGCUUCCUAAACGCUAAUAUGCCUAAAGAUCAGCCUCAAACAACGAAGGAUGUGCUUUUGGUUCUUUCGUCUCUUGAAGAGAAUCUGAUUAAUAAAUUCACGUCAAAGUCAAAAGACGUUUCUUGGGCUGGACGGCGGUCUGUGCUUGAGCUACUUCCCGAGAUCAUGGAUAAUGGCCUCAACGAUGACAUCGGCGCUGCCAAGUGUCUUUCAAACCUCUUUAUGUCCAUUCAGGUGAAUAAUGAUCGCGCAGCAACGAUAAAUACUACAAACAAGAAGUUAAAGGAAGGAUUACUGCCAUUUAUUCGCGAUUGUCGUGCUACCAUUGCUUCAUCUUCUUCGCUGAGCACACUUUCUAGUGAAGAGCAACAACAGUGGAUAGCACGUCGCCUUUCAGUCGAGCUCGGAGGUGCUCAUAUUCUUGACAGCUUGUUUCCAAGUGCUGAAGAGAUUCUCAAGUUAAUGAAUGAGGAUACCAGUUCUGACGAUAGUUCUAUUGUUAAGUAUUCUGGCAGCUUGGACCUCCGUUAUGAUGACAAUUCCAGCUGCAAGAAUUCAACAGGUGAGUUGAUAGAGCAAGCACUUGUGGAGCUGCGUAACUGCCCGUUCUUAGUGAAUGUAGCUUUAUAUUUGAAUUGGCAAGAGCGUUAUGCCUCGCCAUGUGGGCCAUUGCUCUCGUUUAUUCGUUUGCAUGAAAUGAUGUUACUUGAUCAUGCACCGUCAAACAAUUUUUUAUUAGUGUGUUGUAUAAACGGAGCAAUUGUGCGAGUUAAUGAAUCGUCAACGCCGUCCGAUCUAGAGCUACUGCUUCGUCGGGCAGAGCAAAAGAAUAAGUAUGUGACUGCCAGCCAAGUCGCACUUCACUUAGUGUCGAUGGUCGUGACGAGCAAAGGUCAAGCAAAUUUUCCACAACAGCUCGUUCAAGCACAUUUACGUGCCUACCUCAUUAAUUUGGAAGAAAAUGAUCUUAAGCGUUUUCUGGUGGAAGUCUUGAUGGAAACACCAAAUGAUUUUGCGGAUUUUAUACUGUCGUUGCUCCUUGGAGCCGUUGGUCACGAUGCUGGGUCCGAAUUUGUCGACCAAGUAUGGAAGGCUUGCAAAACUGAUGCAGAAUGUAAGACACUUAUGCUUAUAUCCAAGCGAAGCUCAUCACCAUUGUGGACAUACGAAGCAAAUAAGUGGUGCACUAGCAGUGCCAAUAUGGCAGACACUAGCAGUGCCAAUAUGGCAGACACUAGCAAUGCAAGUGAGACUUGUGUCACCUCUUUUCAUUGUGGAAAAGAACCGUUCGAAAAGAAGUUCGAUCCGUCAUUUGAUGCAGCUAAUAUCAGUGUUGAUGGCAAAAGCAAGGUCGCUAGUCUUAUAAACACGGAAGAAAUAAGCUUUUCACCCAAAACAGCCGCUAAAGAAGUGGAUGAUGAAUCAUGGAACGAUGCCCAUAUAACUUCUUGUCAAUCGUUUGUAGAGGACAUCCGCAAAAAGCAGUUUGGCGUUGGAUUACAGAUUCAGGAUGAAGCUACCACGUCUGUGCUGCUGAUUCAACAGCAGCGUCUAGAAAGAGCACUUAAGCGGCUCAGCGACGAGCUGUACAGUGAGAGUACGCACUUUGUUCUUGAACUAUUGCAAAAUGCUGAUGAUAACAAGUAUGACGAAGGGGUAACUCCGCGUGGCGAAUUUACCCUGACGGCUGACAAGAAAAUUGUCUUUUACAACAACGAACAGGGUUUCUCUUCUGCCAAUAUUCAAGCGAUUUGUGACGUUGGUGCAUCAACAAAGGCAGCAGAGAAUGAAGAGGCGAGUAUUGGCAAAAAAGGGAUUGGUUUUAAAAGUGUGUUCAAGGUGUCAGACCACCCACAAGUUCAUUCGAAUGGAUUUCACAUUUGCUUUCACGCUAAGAGCUCCAUGCAUGGUAAUGGUAUGGGAUACAUAUUGCCGUAUUGGCUGGACGAUACGACUCAAUGGCAGCAGAUCCGCGGCACGACAUUUGUGCUGCCAUUGAAUGAGACAUCAGUGCAGAGGAUGGACGAUAUUUCUCAGUCCCUUUUAGCGUUUGAACCGUCUGUUUUGCUCUUUCUUCGACGUAUUCAAGAGCUUCGUGUUCGUGUUCUAGCACAGGAUUAUUCACUUCACUUUCUUAAAAAGGAGAAGACGCUUUCCUCAAACUCAAGACUUGUUCAGUUGUACUGCCAAGAAAAAAAGAGCGAGAACAUUGCGAAAGUCACACAGCAGAACUGGUUAGUAAUCAAGGAAAUGCUCGAGCUGCCUCAAAUAUUCCACCGUAAGCAUUUUACGGAGAUUGCUGUUGCGAUUCCAAUAGCUCUCAAAGAAGACUCCAAUAAGUUGGAAGAUAGACCCCCACUUCAACAGGUGUUUUGCUAUUUACCGCUACGAUCCUAUGGCUUUCGCUUUAUUUUGCAAGGAGACUUUGAGAUUCCAAGCUCUCGAGAAGCAAUUACAAACGGAAGUGAGUGGAAUGAGUGGCUGGUAUCCAAAUUUCCAGAACUUGUGCGUGAUGCUGUGUUUUCUUAUGUGUCAAUGCUGCAAACAAGUGAAUUGAUUGCUGGAAUCUCACACAUGUUGUCGUUGCUACCACUUGAAAAUGAAGUACAAGCCCCGUUUCGAAGUAUCGUUCAAGAGAUCAUGCGUCUGCUACGUCAAGUCAAGUGGCUACCUUCCGCUACACCUUCAUCUUCGACUAUAUUUGAAAUGCCAGCAGAGCUGAUCGACUGCUUUCACCUGAUGGGAAAUGAUGCUAGCGAAAUCAAGAAUGGGUUGUUGGAGAUGCUAAGCGAAGACGUGCUUGUGUCAACGUGUUGCAAGCGACUCUUGCAUCCUGAUGUGUCUUCAGCUAUGUCUGGAUCCAUGAAGAGCCAGCUACGUAUCGAACAGCUUAAUGCUUCACACAUGUUGCGAAUCCUGUCACUGUCAGCACAAAAGAAUGAUAUCGACUGGACGGUGGAUGUAUUGACAGUUCUUGCGAAAUUAUGGCGAAAGGACCGGCUUUCAGGCUUACUUCGGCAGGAAUUACGUUUGAUCAAGUGUUUUCCAUUGCAGCACAAAGAGCGUACAGACGGCAAUUUCAAGUGGGUUUCUUUGGCUGAUGCUCACGACUCGCUUUUUUUAUCGAGUUUUCAGGCUGACGACAAAGUCUCCACUCGUAAACAAUUUUACGCUUUUUUUAAUGACCUUCGUAUCCUAGACGACCAUUUUACGAAAGCUGUGAGCAAAAACUCAAAGCUCCGUGCUUUCUUGUUGAAUGAUGUUGGUCUCCACGUGAUGGAAGAUCACGAUAUGAUUCGUCAUCAUAUCUUACCGACAAUGGCAGUGCUUUGUAAUUCUACUGAAUGUACUGACAAGAAAGAAGUGGAAGCUAGAGGUGUGCUUGAAUUCGGACAAUUCCUUGCCUCUCAUCUGAUGGGAUGCAGAAAUUGCUCAAUGCAUGAAAAUGUGAAACUUCACAUGGUCGUCGCAACGACUUGUGGUCGCCUCAUUCCAGCCGGUAGUCUGAAUUUGUUCGCCAUCUUACCAUCUACUUCAAGAGAUAUGGCGAAACUUGUUGAAUGGAUCAAGUUAAAAGUAAAGACGUGUGACGAAGCUGAGGAUGCUAUUUCAAUCGUGUCGGACAGCUACUAUUUUGACUCUGACACUGAAACACCAUUCAAGGAUUUGGACGAGCAGUGGCAGUAUUUGUUAACAAAAAUUUGUGAUGUGCCGAUGCUGCUAGAUAUUGUUAAUCUGAAGUCAGAUGCACGUUUACAAACUGGAACAAAACAGUUACUGAAGUGGAUUGAAGCCGAAGAAGACAACGAUGUUAAGCGUAGCAUGUCAAUGCUUUUAGCUCAGCACAUGGAGAAACAGUGGGAACAUCGAAAAUACGGCGACAGUGAAUCUGACUCUGAGUCUUUAGAAAAUGAUGAUACGGGUCUUUCCUUUUGGCAGCAUUAUCGCUGGGUGGAAGGAUCUGAUGCGCACUUUCAUCGCCCAAACGAACUUUGGUUGACAACAGACGAAGUCACUCGCUUAUUUACACCUUCUAUGGUUACGUUUAGCUCAAUGGUGUGGAAGAGUGACGAGUUUGCUAAGCAAGUACUAGGCAUGAAAUCAACUGCAACGGUCUCUGAUGUGCUUUCCGUCAUCUCGACUCUUGCGGUGAAUCCGACUGCGAUGUCAUUGCUGAAUCUUGAUCAAAUGAUUCAAAUGUACUCGUACUUGUGGGAAAAAAGUCAACGAUCUGAUGAAACAAAGAGAGAAAUUCUGUCAGCAUUUACAGAAAAAGCCAUGAUUUUUUCUCCUGCCAAAAUGUCUACGGAGAGUAAUGAAUCACAAUUUGUUGGAACGAACUAUGUUGUGUGGACGUCAUCGUUGCAGGAGAGAGAACUGGUUGUUCUAGAGACGCUAUAUCCAAAAUUCCUACGUGACUUCUUUACGAAAAUUUGUGGGGUUCAGCGCAAGCCAUCCGUCUCCUUCCUGUGCAAAAUGCUCUCCGAGCAGAAAUCAAACAUGUGCGGCAAGAAUCUAUGCGAUGUCAAAGUUUGGAAGAAAAAGAUGCUACCGCUUUUGUGCGCACUUUCAAAGAAGGUAGAGAAGAAUUCACUAUCGACUAGAGAGAUGAAAGAGAUACAGAAAACACUCAAGUCGAUUCCCUGGUUGCCAGUGCGAAGCAUUAGCGAAAGCAGCAGUGAGUUUGUGUAUUGCAGCUCAAAAGAUGAGCCCGUUCAAGCAAUAACAAAGACCGAGCGUAAGCUAUUGAAGUUGGUGAUAUUUCUUACAAAGGAGAAAAGUGCAGACAAUAUGAAAAAGCGAAAGAAUGAAGAGAUCAAGUUAAUUCAGCCGGACUGUUUUGAAGAGGAUACAGAUUUAAACGCAAUAUUACGUCUCGCGAAAGUUUCCACACUGUCUCUUCAUCUGAAGUCCCAUGGCAGCACGUGGUGCAAGAUUUUUGCUCAUUUGGCAAGUACUCAGCAAGGACAAAAGAAGAGCAAGAAAAAACUCAAGAAGCUGGGUCAGCUGUUAGUCAAAGCUUGGGCAAAUAUAUUUUCAUCAAGUGACGAGCAAGAGAAAGCUGAUUUUCUCGUGACAGUGCAACAUUUAAAGCUUUUUCCAGUGAUUGAUAAAAGGCUACAGUGGACAUCAGCUGCAAGCAUGUAUAUUAACGAUCAAACGGAGUUAUCAAAGGAGGACUUGCUAAAGGCGGGUCAAGCUGAACAACUUCAAGUGCUUGGACUGUUCCCAUGGAAUUACUUUUUAGAUGGCUUGGCAAUUGAAGAGAUUAGUAACGACGCUAACGUGGUUCGGACGUUCUUAGUUGAAUGCUGUGGGAUGAAGUCACUCAAAGCGCAUUUGCAGUACGAAGUCAGUGUGCUGAGCACGCAACAUCCUGCGAGCGACGCAUUUCACAAGAAAAUUCACACUGCCUUUGCCUUAGCUCAGCGUUGUUUGUACCACUGGCAUCGGACUUUGUAUGACAAGUUGCCGCACAACUCAUUCGCAAAGUUAGCGUUAAGGUUUCAGUGCAUUCUAGUGGACGGUCACGACGGAUUUCAGGUCGUCUAUCGUGUUGGCAAUUCUUUUAGUCUCCGUCGUGGUGUGGACAGUCUAUCUCGUUGUUUUUUCGAUGUACCAAACAACGUUUUGUACCUGCAAUCCAUCACGGGAGAAGAAGAAGCAAGUGCGCUCUCUAUGGUACUUGUGGAGUUGUCUCAAAGGCUCUUUGGCGCACAUGUAGCUACGAAUGUCGCGAAUUUUUUGUACCUUAGUUUACUUCAGCCGAAUGCGGGUGUCAGAGAGAAUUGGCUGAUCAAAACUCAACGUUUGCCUCCACUACCUUCCAGUGAAGCUGACAAGCUUUGGGUGCAACAAGUGAGCGACAGCUUGUCGUCAGAUGAGUGUGCUUCUUACAAGCGCACUUUCAAUGACAUGGAAGAUGGUGAGCUUUCUGCCACGACAGUUUUUUCGAAUAAAUUACAUCAUCACAUCGAAGUGAACGAUCGAGAAUUUAAGAGCCCAUACCAACCUUUAACAUCGUUUACCAACGGCUUUGAGCAAGUGUAUGAUAGGCAAACCCCAAGAUCACUAUGUCUAUCAAAUUCCGGUAAUGCAGAGCCAACUGGAGCUGCUUACCAUUUACCGCUUCCAGUAUCACCAACAAACACAGGAUUGCAGUCCCUGUCGUUGUCGAACACGAUGACUAAAGAGGAGCGAGAAGCAAUUGGUCGUUGGGGCGAAGAAUAUGUAUAUAAUCAGCUUAAGCGCCAGUAUGCUGAAAGCAAUACGACUGUUGAAUGGCUUAAUGAAAAAGAAGAGUCCGGUCUUCCAUACGAUCUCACGCUUUCAUCGAAAAGUAAAGUAGAAGAAUACAUUGAGGUCAAGUCGACACGUACUAUGGAGAAGGGUGUAUUUGAAAUCAGUAUGAACGAAUUAGACCAGGCAGCAAUUUACGGCUCCUCAUACUGUAUUUACCGUGUGUUUAAUGCUGGGAACUCUGCCUUGUGCCGUGUAAUCCGGCUUAAGAAUCCUGUUUCAUUAGUGCGUCAACGCAAGAUUCAACUUGCACUUGUCAUGCAAUAA